CAGAUACAAUGGAUCAACUCCUAAUAGAGAUCUUACUAGCUGUGGCCAAAUAUAUCGACACGGAAUAUUUGUACAAUUUUCGGCUUGUGAGCAAAGCCUUUGCAGCUAGAGGAGAAGUACUUAUAGUAUUACAUCUCCAUCUCGUCUUCUAUCAAAGCAGCUUUAAUAAUUUGCUCCGCAUCCCCUAGCACCAACGGUUUUGCUAUUAUGUUACAAGGAUCACGUAUGAACCGGUUAUGCUUGAUGCACCGAAAGACCGUGCAAGCUGGGAAGACCAAGCUAGAAGCCCC